AUGCGCGCAGACAUACGCAACUGUGCCACUGGUCUCCUUCGACAAAGGAAGCACCACCAAGUCUUGCCAAUCGAUGAAGAAAAAGGACUACAGUCGCUUAGGACGGACGACAGCAUUGUGAUUGUGUCUGCUGACAAAGGUGGCGCGACCGUCGUCAUGGAAAAGAGUGAUUACGUCAACAAGGCGAACCAAGUCUUUAACGACAGGGAAGCCUACACACCACUCGAGGAGGACCCGACUAAAAAGCAAGCCGCACCUGUAAAAAAGAAGGUGAAUGAGCUCACUCGACUGAAGCUCAUAACCCCCGAUGACUCCAGAUGUAUGACUCUCAACGACCCCCGAAUAGCCCAUGCAUAUGGCCUCCCAAAGGUGCACAAAGAAGGUGCGCCAUUGAGGAUCAUUGUGCCGCUUAUUGGAUCGCCCACCUACAACCUCGCUAAAUGGUUAUACAGGCACCUGAAGCACCUCACCAAUGGAUCACAAUAUAGCAUCAAAAACUCUCAGGCAUUCCUCCAGAAGAUCCAAGGCCUGCAAGAUAACCCAACCAACAUUCCGAUAGAACACAUUUCAGAACUUCUUAGACUCUGUCUCAAGAACUACUGCAAAUUCGAUGGAAAGUUUUAUCAACAGGUUAUGGGCACACCAAUGGGGUCGCCAAUAUCAGGUCUACUAGCUGAACUAGUACUACAACAACUAGAAGAGGAGGUUAUGCGAACUUUUAAACCAAAAAUGUGGCUCAGAUACGUAGAUGAUACGUUUGUUAUCAUGAAGACCUGCGAAAUUGAGCAGCUACACCUGAGUCUGAAUAGCGUGUUCCCAGCUAUCCAGUUUACUUGCGAAAAGGCAACAGGAGGCUUUCUCCCGUUUCUAGACGUUAGUAUCCAAACACUAAGUGAUGGCGGCCUAGCAACAAGCGCCUACCGAAAAGACUCCAGUGCUGACGUCAUUCUUAAUUAUGAAAGCAACCAUCCUGCGGCUCAUAAAAGGAGCUGUGUCCGAACCCUUUUCCACCGGGCCUAUCGGUACUGCAGCAGCGACGAUCUACGUAAGAAAGAACUCGCUUUCCUGUAUCGGUUAUUCCGACUCAACGGAUACCCGGUCAGCUUUGUAAAAAAUUGUCUCAGGCAUCAAAGACAACCACAAGGCUUUGCUUCUAAUGAGGGACCAGAAUAUCGGAAAUUCUACUCGCUACCCUACAUGCAGGGUAUUUCCGAAGCGAUCGCCCGACAACUAAACCGGUUUGGCAUCUUCAUUGGCGUUGUCAUCAACUCCUCCAAGUGCGUGUUAAGUGUGGCUUCGCUCGAGUUCCUGGACCAUCAGGUCGACUCUGAAGAUUUGCGUCCCUUCCCCUCCAAUGUUGAAGCAGUUCGUAAUUUUCCUCCUCCAACUGCUAAGCGUCAGUCACAGGAUUGUGCUGACCUCCUGUCCCAUGAUCCGCCACCUUCCCACCCCAUGAUCUUCCACCUUCACAACGCUAUCCUAUCCCACCUCCCUCCACCGCCUCCGUCCCUAUCUCUUUCAACGCCACUCGUAAUGGCCAUCGCGUCCACUUUCCUGACCACCUUAUCACUCAGAUAUAUUCAUAUUGCAUUUGCAGUCUGCGUCGUUUUCCGACGUCCUCCAGUCUAG